AUGACGACUCAAUCAUUCAUCAUAACCGUGCAUAUUGUUGACUAUCUGAAAGGACAACCUUUGAGUCCCGUUGACCAAAUUUUGCUCUCCCUUGGGCUGGUAAGAAUGUUCCUCCAGGUUUUCUCGUUGUUUGAUGCGUUUUUGUCUCUUUUCUUUCGACAUGUAUUUCCUGUACCUGCCAUAUUAUUUCUGUACCUGAUGUCCAACGCCUCCAACCUUUCCAACAUUUGGCUGACGACUGUGUUUUCCGUCACCUUCUGCCUAAAAAUUGCCAAUUUCCACACCGCUCUCUUCUUGCGUCUGAAGGCCACUCUAUCGCAACAAGUUGUGCGUCUGAUUGUGGUUUCGGUUCUGCUCUCCAUUUGCUUUAUUUCCCUAUUUUUGUGGGUUGAUAGCAAAGUAAAUCAGGCCAAGGAGCUGCAAGGUCACGCCAUAAAUGAGACUGAAUAUCUGACCCAUGUGUACAUUUUUGUAGCGAUGGGAAAUAGUUUUCCAUUCAUUAUAUAUUCCAGCUCAACAAUUCUUCUCAUCACCUCCCUGUUCCUUCACAUGAGGCAAAUGAAAUCUAACGCCAACGUGACAGCUAAUCUGGAUACUUACUACGAAGCUAUCAAGUUCAUGUCUUUUUGCCUUCUUUGCUUUGUAUUACUGGUGGGCACCAAUGUGACGGUCUUGCACUACUACAAAUCCCUAGACGUAAUAGCGCUCUUUAUUUUUUGGAAUGCUUUUCCAACCCUUCAUUCCAUUUACCUGAUCUACAGAACAAACAAACUAAGAGAACAUUUCCUGAGAAUCCUACAUCGUGGAACCAACGGCCAGGUCAAUGGAAGAAACUCUGAGCCCAAGUCAAGAAGCCAAGUGGAAACAAUCAGCCGUUGA